GCGGUCCUUAACAAAUCCAAGAUGGUGCUGGAAAGUACGCUUAUCUGUGUUGACAACAGCGAUUACAUGCGUAAUGGAGACUUUGUGCCCACUCGCAUGCAGGCUCAGCAAGAUGCAGUUAACCUCAUUUGUAUGUCAAAAACACGUUCUAAUCCAGAGAACAACGUUGGCCUACUCAAAAUGUCACAUGUGGAGGUUCUGGUGACAUUGACAUCAGAUGUGGGGCGCAUCUUGGCCCGCCUUCACCAGGUGCAACCCAAAGGCAACAUCAGCUUCCUGACAGCAGUACGGGUUGCACAUCUUGCCCUGAAACACCGUCAAGGCCGUAAUCACAAAAUGCGCAUUGUCGUUUUCGUGGGAAGUCCUGUGGAGGAAGAUGAAAAGGAGAUUGUGAAAACAGCCAAAAAGUUGAAAAAAGAGAAGGUUAAUGUAGACAUCAUUAAUUUUGGAGAAGAGGGUAUCAACACAGAUAAGCUCACGUUAUUUGUGAAUACAAUCAACGGGAAAGAUGGCACUGGCUCCCACUUGGUGACUGUACCACCUGGGCCUAUGCUGUCUGAUGCCCUCCUUAGCUCCCCUGUAAUUGUUGGAGAAGAUGGCAGUGGUGCUCCUAUUCCUGGUGGCUUUGAAUUUGGGGUGGACCCUAACGAAGAUCCAGAACUGGCUCUGGCACUGCGAGUUUCCAUGGAGGAGCAACGAGCUCGACAGGAAAGGGAUGCACGAGAGGCUGUUACAGCAUCAGUAGCAGAAUCAGCUGCUCUUUCAACAGCAUCAACUGAAGAAGCAUUACUAGAGAAAGUACUGAAUGUUUCUACAGCAGGGGAAUCUGCUGGUACACCUGGCACAGUGGACUUUAAUGCCAUGAGUGAAGAUGAGCAGAUAGCUUAUGCCUUACGUCUCUCCAUGGAGAAUACAGGAAUGAGCUCUGAAGAUGCAUCUGCUACUCCAAUGGAGGUGGAUACAGACAUGGGGGCUUUAGCAAGUGAAGAUAAAAAGGAUGAAGAUGAUUAUUCAGAGGUUAUGCAAGACCCAGCCUUUCUGCAGAGUGUCCUGGAAAACCUGCCUGGUGUAGAUCCCAACAGCGAGGCCAUUCAGAGUGCCAUGAGAACCUUAACCCAUGAUGCAUCUUCAAAAGACAAGGAUCAGCCCAAGAAAGAAAGCAAAAAGUGACAACUAAUGUGGACAAAGAUGUAAUUGGGAUUUUGACCAAAGUCUGCAUGAUGUCUUCUGUCCCUAUAGUGUGUCUGUCAACAGAUCCAAUCAGUCCUUUUACUGUUCCUGAAAGAUCCUUCCAAAACAGAAUACUGUAUCACCUGUGGAUGAUCAAGAAAAUUUCUUAUAAUUCGUCAGCUUGAAACCCACUUCCUGAAUAGUCUGCUACUUGUGACUUACGUCGUGCAUUUCCUAGAAAUAUAUGAGAAAGAGAGAAUGUUUGAAAGGUUAAGUGUAAGGUGUUUAAAAAAGAAUCUAGAGACUGUUCAUUCAAACAUUGUCUCUUCACUUUAAACUUUGAUGGAUUUGUUUUAAUGGUUUUCAUUUUAGAUAUAGUAGCACCGCAUUUUGUGCUUAAAGUGCAGAAGUGGCUUUGAAUUUCUCUCUAAUUUGUGUGCAGCAUCUGUUGGCUUGCAAUAAACUUUACUAGGAUAUGUCUUGUUUAGUUUUAAUUUCCUAAUUCAUUCAUAUUGCAUCACACUGCCCUUUUUCACACAAUCUGUAUUCAUUCAAAAGUUUGUUGCAUUCUCACAGCUAUAUAAAUUUUUUUUAAUCGCACAAUACAAUAAGGGUAUAUUUUAUUAUUAAGAGAAAUAGUUCAAAUAACACUUCCUUUCCUGUUGUCUUUUUAGCUUUUUACCGUGGAAAUCUGUUUCCAACACCAACAAGAUCAUUUCUGGGUGUUCCAGUUGGAUUACUGCAACUCUCUGUAACCACCAACUGGACACAGGAUCAGACUGAUACUAUUUGUCUUAUGUAGACAAAAGGUGGACUGCAACACCCUUUUUUUGCCAGUUUGAGCUUGCAUUGAUUAUAAGAGUAGCAUACUGUGCAACCAAUAUCUUCAUACCCAUUUGAGCAUACCAAUACUUUACUCAGACUUGAUGUGCUGGCCUGUCUGUGGCACACAUCAAAUGAGAGAAAUUCAGCAGCUGCUUGCUCUUCUCUGAUACCACCAUCUGGAAUUAUCUUUCCCUGUCUCUUUGAACCGUUGACAGUUUCGUCCAGCUUCAAAACCCACUUAUUUAACUCAGUCAAUAUUGCUAUUUUGUUAUUCAUUUACAUUUGUGUUUGUUGUGUGGUUGACUGUCACUUCAGUCUUUUGAGCAAAGUGCAUUGAGCUUGCCUUUACGUGAAAUGUACUCUACAAAUUCAACUAUUAUUAUUAUUAAAUCAACGUUCUAAUCAG